CGAUGCAUUUGUACAUUUUAGCAGUGCAUUUUUUGCACUGGGAGUAAAGUUCAACUUAUUUACUAUAAUGCCACCGCAUUUUCUCAGAAUUUUUCAGUUUUUUUUGAAUUUUUCAAUUCCUUAGAUCUUACAUCUAAUGCACGAGAUGCAUUCUUAUUUCUUUCAUUAGAUUGCAUUCUGAGUUCGGGAUUCAGGCUCUCAAGAGUGCAGUACCUAGACCUUCUUUAGAUCGAAGUUUAACACAAUGAGAUAUCCUCCUUAAUGAACACUGGGAAGGAGCCGAGGCAGGCAUGGGGUGUGAAGCACCUGCCAGAACUUGGAGUGGCGCUAUCAAUGUUGAUCGGCAAUCCAUUCCAUCUCCUGUAGCUCCUUCUUUCACUUCCUAUAAUCCAUUUGGGAUUCUUGAAUCAAGUGAGGACCUUGAGGAAACCCCGGAGGCUCAUAAUUUCAACAAUGAAGACGAGAUGAUAGAUUUAUUUAAUUGCUCUUCUACUGCAAGGAUGAUGAAACUAAAUGCUCUUGAGGAUGCAAGCCCAGGAUUUGAAGAACCUGCCCUCUACACUCACUCUGAAGGAGAGAAAACUGUUUUUAUUGACUCUAAGCUUGAACCUUUUAGAAUCUUAACUCCGAGUUCCUCUAAUAUGUCAUUGCAGCUUCCGAAAUUAGCUAAGGGUAAGGCAACCUACUCACCUUCUCAUAUGGUUACUAGAAGUAAAGCUAAGAUUUUAGCAGCAGGAAGGAAAGAACACCCCAUUAAGGGAGUUGACACAUCUGAUGAGGAAAACGAAUCUUUAGUAGAAGGCAUCCGCUCCGCUUUCAAGAGGAGCUGUCUGUCAAUCAGAACGAAGAAUAUCCAAAGCUUUACUCCAGCCUCGGAAUCUCAAGUGAAGCUUAGCAAAAAACAGAAAAAGAAGGCAAAGAUGAAACUCAAACAGGCUCGAGCGGAGGAAAUAGCACACUUAGCGGUCAAAGCGAAGAAUUUAGUAGAUCCCAAGAAUUUUGAGGAGUUUGAGGAUGAUUUGGAUAACUUGAUGUUCUUGGGUCGAAAAGCCAUGAAGGUGAAAAUAGUAAGCACGAGAAUUGUAAAACCUUUCUAUGAAGGAAAUCCCGUCAUCCCUCCAUCAACAACCCAAACCCCCCUUAGCGUUUUUGACGAGGUUUCUUAUGAUGCUCAAAUGGCUGUUAUUUACGCCUACCGCCCGCCCACCCCUUCAAAUGGUGUCAUCGAGUUAGGGCUUAGGAAAGCUCUGUCGGUGUACCGGGAAUGGGCAGGCACGUUGGGCAAGGACGAGCAUACGGGUAAACCUGUCAUUUUACUCAAUGACCAAGGGGCUAAAUUUGUGGAAGCAGUAGGUGACACCGCCCUAAGUAAUGUAAUGCCCUUGAAGCCAUCUCCGUCAUUGCUCGCCCUUCACCCUGGUUUAAAGGGCGCGACGGAGCUAGUCCAAGUCCAACUAACGCGCUUCACCUGUGGCUCUCUCGUGGUUGGGUUCACCUCUCAUCACCUCGUUGCAGAUGGCCACUCAACAAGCAAUUUCUUGGUUGCAUGGGGAAACGCGUGUCGUGGCCUCAAGGUCCAACCCUUACCCCUACGCGACAGGACGAUUUUCAUUCCACGAAGCCCAUCAAGAAUCGAAUACGAGCACAUCGAGGCCGAAUACACCUCAAAACAGGCGAAGAAAAAUGAUCAUUUUUCCAACAACGACGGCAUUGUGGUUCAUAAAGUCCACUUCACCUUAGAUUUCCUAGCCAAGCUCAAGGCCAAGGCCUCGAGCUCCAUGAGCACGAGGCCCUAUAGCACUUUUGAAAGCCUCCUGGCCCACCUCUGGCGGGCCAUUACCAAGGCCAGAAACCUCGGAAGCUUUGAAAGCACCCACAUAAAAAUCUCUGUGGACGGGCGUGCACGCCUCAACCCCAAAGUACCCAACGACUACUUCGGCAACCUAGUUUUAUGGGCAUUUCCUACCUCAAAGGUCAAAGACCUAUUGCGCGAGCCGCUACCUUACGCAGCAAAGCUCAUCCACGACGCCGUUGGGAAGGUGAACAACAACUACUUCAAGUCAUUCAUAGAUUUCGCAAACUCUGGGGUGGUGGAGGAAGAAAGUCUUGUUCCCACGGCGGAUAUGGACAAGCACGUCCUACGUCCGAAUUUGGAGGUUGAUAGUUGGCUAAGGUUUCCAUUCUAUGACUUGAAUUUUGGGACCGGGUGUCCUUACAUUUUCAUGCCUUCAUAUUACCCAACCGAAGGAAUGCUGUUUCUGCUUCCCUCAUUCAUAGGAGAUGGAAGCAUAGAUGCUUUCAUUCCAUUGUUCGAAGACAACUUGGAAACCUUCAAGCAGAUUUGUCAUUCUCUUGAUUGAUGUUGAGGAUGAGAUUUGCUAGGGGUACCUCCAAGGUAGUGUAUCCACAAAUACACAUACACCACCUUGUCACAGACACACAAAAGCACUCACUUUUUAUGUUUCAUUCAAAACACAGACAGUGGGUAUCUUUAUGUAUAUGUGAGAAGGUGGUGUAUAAUUGAAGUACAUCAUCUUGGAGUACUCCAGAUUAUAUAUGAGCAAAAGUUUUGUUUGGUGGGUGAGAAAGGUAUAUUGUAUUAUAUUGGUCAAAGAAUUAGGUAGCAAAUUAAAUAAUUGAAUUGUAUUGGU